UCUGUCCGUCGAUAGAUCCGCGGACGCCCGCCCCACGCUCGGCGGGUGGGCUCCCGGCCCCUGGAUCUCGCGGGGCGCAGACUGCAUGGCUCCUCUCUGCCUCAAUUGCUCCACCCUCCCUGGAGACAGGUCCCUGGGUACAAGGAGCCCGGUGCCCUGCAAUGGCAGCAGGGCCCUGGGGCCCUUUGACCCCCAGGACUUGAACCUGACUGAUGAGGAGCUCAGGCUCAAGUACCUGGGGCCCCAGCAGACGGAGCUGUUCGUGCCCAUCUGUGUCACGUACCUGUUGAUCUUCGUGGUGGGCGCCGUGGGCAACACGCUGACCUGCAUGGUCAUCCUGCGCCACAGGACCAUGCGCACGCCCACCAACUACUACCUCUUCAGCCUGGCCGUGUCGGACCUGCUGGUGCUGCUUCUGGGUCUGCCCCUGGAGCUCUACGAGAUGUGGCGCAACUACCCUUUCCUGCUGGGCCCCGGUGGCUGCUACUUCCGCACGCUGCUCUUCGAGACUGUCUGCCUGGCCUCGGUGCUCAACGUCACCGCCCUGAGCAUAGGGCGCUACGUGGCCGUGGUGCACCCGCUGCAGGUCAGGUCCGUAGUGACUCACGCCCACGUGCGCCGUGUGCUCGGGGCCAUCUGGGGUCUUGCCCUGCUCUGCUCUCUGCCCAACACCAGCCUGCACGGCAUUCGGCAGCUGGACGUGCCCUGCCGGGGCACGGUGCCCGACUCGGCCGUGUGCACCUUGGUCCACCGGAGAGCCCUCUACAACCUGGUCGUGCAGGUCACCGCGCUGCUCUUCUUCUGCCUGCCCAUGGCCACCAUCAGCGUGCUCUACCUGCUCAUCGGGCUGCGGCUGCGGCGUGACCAGCUGCUGAUCCGCAGGCAGGAGGCUAAGGGCAGGGCCAGGACUAGCAACGGCCGCAGGCUCCAGCUGCUGCAGGAUAGGGGUCGGACACAGGUGACCAAGAUGUUGUUUGUCCUGGUCGUGGUGUUUGGGAUCUGCUGGGCCCCGUUCCACAUCGACCGCCUCAUGUGGAGCCUUGUGUCCCACUGGACCGAGGGCCUGCACCUGGCCUUCCAGUACGUGCACGUCGUCUCCGGCGUCUUCUUCUACUUUAGCUCGGCCGCCAACCCUGUGCUCUACAGCCUCAUGUCCAGCCGCUUCCGGGACACCUUCCGGGAGGCCCUGUGCCUGGGGGCCCGGUGCCGCCGCCACGGAUCCCGCCGCAGCUCUCACAGCCUCAGCAGGGUGACCACGGGCAGCACCCUGUAUGACAUGGGCUCCCCCCGCAGCAGGGUCCAGCCCCUGGCUGAGAAUGAUGGCCCAGAGGGGUGGCAAGAGACGGACCCCUCCCGAGAGGAGCCUCAGGCAGCUUCACCCUGAGGGGCCAGAGGGCCACGCCCAGCUUUGGGGACCACACCUGCCUCCUCUGCAGCAUGUCUUUGUGGCCUGUCCCCCUUCGUGCCCCAUCCCCACUUCAGCCUAGAAACCCUGACCAGCACCUCAGUGAUCCUGCCCCACCCAUGGAUCAGAAGGACUGUAAGGUUGCUGUCUGUCCUCCAGACUCUCAGGUCCCCAGUUCCAGCCCUUCCCCUGGAAGGGGAACAUCGUGGUCGGAUAACUGCGCACCGCAAGACUCUAUCUGGGGACCCCCCCCACCCCCAGCCCGUUUCUGAAGUGUUUCCGUGGCGCCCUUCCUUUCCUUCCCAUUUCUUGCAGAGCUUCUGCAAGAUCUGGCCCAUUCUGUCCCUCUCUAGCUCUUGGCCUGCACCUGGGAUUCUGACCCGACCCCCUCCCUGGCCCCCAGUCGGCUUGUUUUGCUCUGGGAGCUCCACCCGGUGGAGCCACUAGGCGGCAGGUGUGUCAGGGAUCCAGGAGACCUGGCUCCGGUCUCAGCUGAGCCACCGGUCACCUGGUCCCGGCAUCAAGCAAACUGCCUCGCCUUACAAGCCUCGGGCCCUGCUUGCAAAAUGAAAGGGGCCAUGACAUUCUAGAGUGUCGCGCUUUGGCACUUUAGCUGUGGUUUUCUGUGUGCGUGCCUAAGUCCCUGCUUGUAACAAAACAGAUACCCUCAGAUUAGCAAGGCGGAAAUUACUCUUUACAUCCUCACUAACCCCCAACCCUUACUCCCUCCCUGAUCUCUACAAGCCCCCCACCCCACCCCCUCGAGAGCCACUCAGGGAACAUGCUUUGCUUGUCCUAGAGCAAGUGAGGCUUGGCACCGACCAAGGGACUGUGUGUGAGCAAAGGCCCCUGCCUGCCUCUGUCUUCACCUCCUCACAGGUUGGCUUGGGGGCCUGAGGUGAGCAGAGAAUUGGGCCUGACUGGCCAGAGAAUCUCUGGGGGCAAGAGACAUGGGCCAACCAAGGGCAACGAGUGACUCCGCGAGAACUGCUUGGGACUCAGUGAGGUGAGAAGAGAGACACGUGAGUCCUGAAACGAAGCUCCAUCCCGAGUCCCUGUGGGUAACUGGGUGCUCAGUCAGGACCCAGUUAAUGGCCAGAACUUGUCCUGCUGCAGCCCCUGACCUGUCCUCCUCCUAAGAGGGGACUGCAGCAGAAGGAGCCCUGGCCUCCUUUGCGGGGAGCUGCAGGACACCCAGGGUGCUACAGGUUCUCCCUGCAGACUCUCCACAGCUCAGGCCCCAGGUCCCCUGACUGCAAAGUGGAGAAGAUUGUACAAAAGUGUCCUGGAGUUUUUGAAAUUCAGUUGUAAAAAUAAUACAUACUCAUUUUAGAAAAAUUGGAAAGUACAAAUGAGCAAAAAUGAAAACAAUUUAAAAUAAUUAAAACCCACCCUUGCUAGGGGAUGGGGGGAGGGGGGAAUAGAGAGUUGUUUAAUGGGUACAGAGUUUCAGUUUUUUAAGAUGAAAAAGUUCUGGAGAUUGGUGGCAAAACAAUGUGAAUAUGCUUGAACAAUAUUGAAUUGUACACCUAAAUGGUUAAGAUUUAAAUUUUAUAUGUAUUUUACUACAGUUUUUUUUAAAGAAAGGGUUAAGUCUAAAGGAAAAUAAAAAAUUUAAAAGCCA